ACGCGACAGAUGCCAUUCUGGAAACAGACAACCUCACACAAACACCCGGCAAGAUGGCAUAUUUACAGCCCCUCCUGCGCACAUUGUGCAGCCUAUUGCUGUUUCUUGCAUGCGGAGAGGCCCUGAAAUUCGAUCUCGAAGCCGCAAGUCGGGGGGAUGCAAAGGGAACAAGAUGCAUCCGGAAUUUUGUUGCGAAGGAUACCCUGGUGGUGGUUACGGCUACUGUGGAUGGGUAUAAAGGUGACGGGAUGGUAGUCAAUAUGCAUAUCAAGGAUGCUGUUGGAAACGAGUAUGGACGACCGAAGGAUGUUGCUGGAGAGCAAAGGAUGGCUUUCACAUCUCACGCCGAUGCAUCAUUUGAUGUGUGCUUCGAGAACCAAUUCUCCGGGUCUAAACACGUUGGCCACCCAUUCCGACAUGUAGAACUCGACAUCGAUAUCGGCGCAGACGCAAAGGAUUGGUCCGCAGUCCAAGCAACAGAAAAGCUGAAACCUGUUGAGACCGAGUUACGGCGUAUUGAGGAGAUGGUGGCUGAAAUCGUGGCCGAGAUGGACUAUCUACGAACCAGAGAGCAGAAGCUUCGAGAUACGAAUGAGAGCACGAAUACCCGGGUUAAAUGGUUUGCUUUUGGGACAAUGGGCAUGCUGGUAGCAUUGGGAGCGUGGCAGGUUGUUUAUUUGAGGGCGUACUUCAGGUCAAAGCAUCUCAUCUAAGGGCUCGAAAACUGGUGCGGAUAGCGUGGUGUGGCGAGAAAUUUCUAUGGCAAUGGACCUCCUUGUUUUACUAGUGGGCUGUAGAAUUGGGUAUAUAAUGACAAUUCGAUGGAGGGCAAGAACUGCCUUAGAAUUCAGAUACCUCCCAUGUUACGUUGUGACGAGGAAGGAAAGAGUUCAUGAAUAGGGACGAGAGACAAUAUGUAAAGCUCGGUGUUACCCUUUCAGUUGCUCCUGAUUCUGACUGAACCUUGGCUGCGAGAUGAAAGUAAGAUAGAAAGUAAUAAAGUCGACUUGCUUUACUGGAUUAUAUUAAUUAGGCGACUUAAAAGUUGGCCAAGUUUACGAUGGUGGCAAAACCUCAAAGGUUUGAGCAACCUCC